GAGUUCCCGGCGGCUUGCACACAGACAUACACACGGCGCUCCACACAAACACACACAUACACACGGAGCUCCGCACACACAAUACUGACAGCUGCGACUGACUCACAACCAAGGGGAAAGAUGGAGCACAGAGACAGCGAUUUCAACAUACUGCUAGCGACCGACUCCUACAAGGUCACACAUUACAAGCAGUACCCGCCCAACACCAGCAAAGUGUACUCCUACUUUGAGUGCCGGGAGACCAGAACGGAGCCCACAAAGAACCGGAAGGUCAAGUAUGACAAGACGGUGUUCUACGGCCUCCAGUACAUCCUCCACAAGUACCUCAAAGGGAAGGUGGUGACCCCUGAGAAGAUCCAGGAGGCCAAAGAGGUCUACAGGGAACACUUCCAGGAUGAUGUCUUCAACGAGAAAGGCUGGAACUACAUCCUGGAGAAAUACGAUGGCCACCUGCCCAUCGAGAUCAAGGCGGUACCAGAGGGCAGUGUGAUCCCGCGGGGGAACGUCCUGUUCACCGUGGAGAGCACCGACCCCGAGUGCUACUGGCUCACCAACUGGGUGGAGACGAUCCUGGUCCAGAUCUGGUACCCCAUCACCGUGGCGACCAACUCCAGGGAGCAGAAGAAGAUCCUGGCCAAGUUCCUCCUGGAGACCUCUGGCAACCUGACGGGCCUGGAGCUGAAGCUGCACGACUUUGGGUACCGGGGCGUCUCCUCCCAGGAGACGGCAGGGAUCGGAGCCUCCGCCCACCUGGUCAACUUCAAGGGCACCGACACCGUGGCCGGCAUCGGGGUCAUCAAGAAGUACUACGGGACCAAGGACCCCGUGCCCGGCUUCUCCGUGCCCGCCGCGGAGCACAGCACCAUCACAGCAUGGGGCAAGGACCACGAGAAGGACGCCUUCGAGCACAUCAUCAAGCAGUUCCCCAAUGUUCCCGUGUCCAUCGUGAGCGACAGCUACGACAUCUACAACGCCUGCGAGAAGAUCUGGGGCGAGGACCUGAGGAGCCUGAUCGUGUCCCGCAGCGCCGACGCUCCCCUGGUGGUCCGGCCCGACUCAGGAGACCCCCUGGACACCGUCCUGAAGGUCCUGGAGAUCCUUGGUAAGAAGUUUCCCCCUACGGAGAACUCCCUGGGCUACAGGGUCCUGCCCCCCUACAUCAGAGUGAUCCAGGGGGACGGAGUGGACAUCAACACCCUGCAAGAGAUCGUGGAGGGUCUGAAGGAGCAGAAGUGGUCCAUCGAGAACAUCUCCUUCGGCUCCGGGGGCGCCCUGCUGCAGAAGCUGACCCGGGACCUGCUCAACUGCUCCUUCAAGUGCAGCUACGUGGUGACCAACGGACUGGGGGUGAACGUGUUCAAGGACCCGGUGGCCGACCCCAACAAGAGGUCAAAGAAGGGCCGUCUGUCCCUGCACCGCACCCAGAGCGGGCACUUCGUCACCCUGGAGGAGGGCAAGGGGGACCUGGAGGAGUAUGGAGUGGACCUCCUGCACACGGUGUUCCAGAACGGCAAGAUCGUGAAGACGUACACGUUCGACGACGUCAGAGACAAUGCCAAGCUCAAAGACACAGAGAAGGAGGAGCUUCUCAAAUAAGCCCCCCCCCCCCCCCCCUUACAUAACCACCCCCCGCCAAACCCCACCCCACGCAGAACACCCCACCCCCUCUCCCCCCCAUUCCUCACCUCCUUGGCCUCCACUGUCACCCAGCGUGCGGAGGUAGGGUGCACUGAUGUUGAUGGCCCUGUGACCCCCCCCCCCCCCACCACGACCCCCUGACCCCCCAGGUGAGACAUGUAGAGGAGAGAGAGAGAGAGAGAGAGUGAGAAUUCAGAUGUCGACCACGUCGGUCGACCACACCUCUUUUCCCCACUAGCAGCUUCACCACCCCCCCCCCCCCCCCCCCCCCCCCCCCCCCCCCUCGCCGAACCGAUUGGCCCUCGUCUUCUUCGGCAUAAAAAAAAAAAAAAAAAAGUCACAGCUUCCUUCCAGCGAUCUGUGUAAACUCCUGUCUCAUGUUUGUCUUUUUGUUGUUCAUUUGGUUGCUUGGUCACUGACGACCGGGCUUUAGAGAGAGGGAGAGAGCGAGGGGGAGAGUGAGAGAGAGGGGGAGAGAGAGUGGGAGGUAGAGAGAGAGAGUGGGAGGUAGAGAGAGAGAGUGGGAGGUAGAGAGGGAGAGAGGGAGAGAGAGUUGGAGGGAGGGAGAGAGAGAGACGACAGAAGAUGUGAGCUGGAGAGAAAGUGAAAGUGAUGCUAAUCCACAUCCAACCAUAUCAAUGACAUGUCCUUACCCCCCUCCCUCCCCCCCAUAUAUGGUGUACAGAGCUGUGGAAAACCUAUAUAUGUUUAAAUACUGUUUAAAGUCAACUUUGUCUUUUCAUGUGAAGGAGGGAAAUAAUGCGUCUGUUUUUUGAUUGGUUGCACUGAUUAGGUGUGUCAGCUCUUAAGUCCUGCACUACUGGGGUUUUGGGGUCUGGCCCCCGUUUAAAGAAGAUUAGUCAAUGUGAUGAUGUGUUUGUAUGCAUUUUAUUUGCAUUUUUUGUAAUAUUUUAACUUUGUACUACACACUGAUUUCUUUCCCACUGAUCUGUUUUCCCAUUCGAUCCUUGCAGCUUAAAUUGUGUCUCACCAAAAGAAGUGCUUCUUUCAUUAUUAUAUAGGUCUAAUUAAUAUACUCUGCGGAGUCUGCAUGAGCGAAAUACACUUAUUAAUCGUAACUAGCAACCAACGAAAUGUGAUUGGUGUUUCCCACGAGUGUAAAUUAGUCGUUCUCCUUGCUUCUAGAACUAGAACUGCUUUUCCCAGAAUGCACUGUUUGAACAUACACUGACGAUGGUGCCCUGCCUCAAUUCCGGUCGAUAUAGUUCGGACUAAUGCACUUCGUUUUUGCUGGUUUGAUGAGAAGACCUUUGGCCACCAGAAGUCGUUCAGAUAUCUUUUUUCAGGAAUCAAUUGGGGCGAAGUUUCCUUUUUAGUGGAUUUGAACUGAGUUGUCCAAAAUUUUUCAAAAAUAGGUAUGUAGAGUUAUUAAGGAAUGAUUCCAGGAAUAUAAGACUUCUUACAGCAGUAAAAGUCCCCUUCAUAACAAAUUCCACAUCUAAACCACAAAAUGUUCACAGUAAAACAAUACGUAUAUCGGACAAUGACUAUUCCUCUAAUCCCCCUGGAUAGGCGUGUGAGAUGUUAAAUGUUCCUCCAGUGAUUGACUAUGUGAGAGUGUGCAUGGACUGCUGUAAGCGCACUGACGUUUUCUUCCUUUUCAAAGUGAGUCAGUUAUUUUUAUGCAAAUCUGUUUUCUGAGUGGGGAGGUGGGGGCGGGAAUUUAAAAUCACUCUUCCUUUAAGUUGCUUGGCUUUUUGUUGUGAUUGGACGACAGGCUGUAGGAAUGCUAACACCGUUGCUACGGGCUCAGCAGAGGAAUUUUAACAUCAGUCACAACAGACGGAGGAUAAAUACAUACUUUAAGGUUGAAGAGAAGCAGGUCUUUCAGAUUUGUCUAUCAAUUAAACAUUGUCCUGUGUAUCACUGCUUUAAUCCCCCCCUCCCACAGACAAGCAGGAAACACUU